AUGGGCAAAAAGAAGCUAUCGCUGAAGCCCGUUCAGCGUGGCUUUGCUACCACCUCGAUUCCCACCAAGAAGGCAAAAGCCAAAGCGGAAAUUCCCGAUACAGGUGCCAGUAAGGAUGUCCAGCACAAGGAUGCGCCAAAAGCAGAAAACAGACCUGCCGGAGCAGAUCCUAGGACCGAGUCCGCCGGAGCGCAUGACGACAGUUGGGACAAUGACGAAGCUGUGAACAGGGCUGCCUACCAAGCUCUCGUCGAGAGACUGCAAGAGAAAGGCGAUAAGGAGUCGAUAGAGUUUGACGAGCGACUUUCGCACUCGUUCUCGCACUUGGGCGUCAAUCAAAAGAUCCUGGAUGAAGCCUUCAGACUGGCGAUGGAGGAGGAUCCCGGCGACCAGAUCAAGCCUUUAGAGUUUUCGUCUGCUAGUGCUCAGGAAGACAAGGCUCUCCUCCGACUUUUUGUGGCCUAUCGAGUUCUCCGCACGUUGGGAUUCACUGAGAAUAGGAUUGAGGAGUGUAUAUUGCAUGGCCUGGGGCCGGGCGAUGGCUGGGAGGAGGCUUUGGACUGGGAAGAUGUCGAAGCCGUUGAUGCUCCGCUUGUCGACGUCGCGCCUCUUCCACAGGAUCCUCCAGUGCCUGAGCGCGAAGAGCCCUCCGGGUGCUCGGCCGUGACCGCCGACGAGGUUUCGCGUGAGAUCGAAAAGCCGAUAUCUCUUUUCCAAUCUCUCGACAAUGAUUUAUCCGAGUCUGGGGAGAGCUCCGAUUCGGAUGCAGACCUUGAUCUCAGCAGAGUAAACGAAGACUGGGCGAAGCUGAAGUUGGAAUUGGAGUCCUUGAAGGCUGCGUCGGGUGCUUCUAGGAAGAAGGGAAAGAAGAACAAGGGCAUUCCUCCCAUGGAAACGCCAGAUAUGCACAAAGUGCGGGGGAAGAUGGCUAGACUGGAGAAGGAUUACAUGUUUAGCCGCAAAGACGCCGAUGCAGAUUUAGGGGCGGCAACGACCCUCAAAACCGGGAACGACAGUUUGAUCGACACCCCUCGCCCAGCGAGCGACGAUGUUGCCGACGAAGAGGAGGAUGACAACAUCUUCGGAAACAUGCUAGACGAACCGGCCGCAACCGACGAAACGACGUCGAGCAACACUUACAUCAGCGUCCGCUCCAUGCCGAUUCCCAAGCAGUUCUCUUUCACCGGUAACACCCCUAAAGCCAUCCUUCAGGCUACAGUACGAAAACUCCCGAAGCAACCUGCGAUAUCUUUCGCGAGGCUGUCGACAAAUGCACGCAUCGCUCGCGCUGGGGUGGAGAUACGGUGGUCUGCCGAAAAGCGCAGAGUGUGGAGGAUGGAAGACCUCGCUUGCGACAGCCCCGAAGAGGCCGAGAACUACGUCUCCACGUUGGCCCUGAACAGCCUUGCAUCUACUGGGGACAUUCAUUGCAACUGGCGAGCUCUGCCGCCGGCGUACCGAGAACUGUGGGAGGAGCUGGAGAAGGACCGAACUGAAGAAGAGUUGAAAGUCAAGCGGAAAGUCUGGCAGACGGUCAAAGGAUACGCCGAUCAGAAGACCGCAACAAAGGGUACUUCGCUGGAGGGCACCCCGGGCUCUGCAGCUGAUGCGCUCUCGCGCACUACAGCCCCAACUUACGACUCAACCGCGAAGGAGGCACACUCUGUCGAGAUACAGCGUGCGUACGAGCGCCGCGUGGACACGCCAGCGUACCAGCGGAUGCUCAAGGCGAGGCGCACGCUUCCCAUUGCCUCUUUUAGAGACGAGAUUCUCAGAACAGUCGACCGUUCCCAAGUGCUAGUGUUCAGCGGAGAAACGGGCUGUGGCAAGUCAACCCAAUUGCCCGCGUACAUACUGGAGAAUGAGUUGUCACAAGGGCGACCGUGUAAUAUCAUCGUGACGGAGCCUCGACGCAUCAGCGCCAUAUCACUUGCGCAGCGUGUCAGUGCUGAACUUGGUGAUCCCCCUGGGGUCAUGGGAUCCAAGUCUUCACUGGUUGGGUAUUCAAUCCGCUUGGAGUCCAAGGUUUCCAGUUCCACUCGCUUGACGUUCAUGACCAACGGCAUUGCGUUGCGAUUGCUCGAAAGCGGUACUGCACUGGACGGGAUCACGCACAUCGUCGUGGAUGAGGUGCACGAGCGGUCCAUUGAAUCAGACUUUCUUCUCAUCGUUCUGAGAGAGCUCUUGAAAGUGCGGAAGGACAUCAAGGUCGUUCUCAUGUCGGCAACUGUUGACGCGGACAAACUAUCAACCUAUUUCAAUGGCUGUCAAUCAAUGACGGUGCCUGGUCGGACGUACCCCGUCAAUGUCAACUACUUGGAGGACGCUGUGGAGGCAUGCGGUUGGCACAUCGACGAAUCAUCCCCGUAUGCAAUCUGGGAUCGCAACAAGAAAACCAAUACCAAGCAACUGCAAUGGACAGAAGCCGACACUGAGGCUGGGGAUUCUUCCGGUGAUGAGCAACUCGGGGCUGAUCCUACCAAGCUCCAGUCAUCGAUGUACUCGGCUCGCACCGUCUCCACGGUCAAUCUCCUCGACUCCCGGAAAAUUCCUUACGACCUGAUCAUCCGGCUGCUGGAGAGGAUUUGCUUUGAGGACGACCAGCUCGCGCGGUACUCGGCUGCAUCUCUUGUCUUCAUGCCGGGAUUGGCUGAGAUUCGGAAGCUCAACGACAUGCUUCAGUCGCACCCCAAGUUUGGGGCUUCGGGCGACUUUGUCAUCUAUCCCCUGCACUCGACAGUUAGCUCUGAGGGUCAAAGCGCUGUAUUCAACAUACCUCCAAGGGGGGUGCGGAAGAUUGUGAUUUCUACCAACAUUGCUGAAACGGGCGUCACAAUUCCAGACAUCACAUGCGUCAUUGACUCGGGUAAGCAGCGAGAGAUGAGGUAUGACGAAAAACGACAGCUCUCAAAACUCGUGGAGACGUACAUUGCGCGCAGUAAUGCCAAACAGCGACGCGGCCGUGCUGGUCGCGUACAGGAGGGUCUGGCUUACCACCUGUUCACCAAGGCUCGGCACGACAUGCAACUUGCUGAGCACCCCGUGCCGGAGAUGCUUCGAUUAUCUCUCCAGGACCUAGCUUUGCGAACCAAAAUCUUGAAGGUCAAGUUGGGUGACACGAUUGAUGAUGUUUUGACCAAGGCGCUCGACCCCCCUUCAUCCACAAACAUCCAGCGAGCUGUUCAAUGCUUGGUGGAGGUGAAGGCUUUGACGCCGACGGAGGAUAUCACUCCAAUGGGCCGCCUUCUCAGCAAGCUUCCCAUGGAGGUACACCUCGGCAAGGUUCUACUUUUUGCAGCCUUGUUCAAGUGUCUAGAUCCCGCUCUCACGAUUGUGGCAACCCUCAAUUCCAAGUCACCCUUCAUCACGCCUUUCGGCUUCGAGGCCCAAGCGGAAGCUGCCAAGAAGAGUUUCGUCGUUGGAAACAGCGACUUCUUGACGAUCGUCAAUGUAUUCGACAGCUGGAGACGUGCCGCCGAGAACCGCAAUUUUGUCCGCACGUUUUGCCAGCGCAACUAUCUCUCCCAUACCAACCUUCAACAAAUUGAAGAGCUGCGACAGCAGCUUCUGGCUGAAGAUGAGAGAAAGACCAUAGCCAGUCGCGGCUUCUACACGACCUUUGCACAGGUGCCCUCAGAGUUGAACGCCAACGCAAACAAUACCCCAAUCCUCGAAGCAGCAUUGGCCUCUGGUUUGUACCCGAAAGUGCUUUCAAUGGAUGCAGCAGGCGGCCUACGCACCCUGACAAACCAACAACCUGUUUCCUUCGGUUCCCAAUCCAGGAAGCUAUAUGCCUGGGAUACGGGCCCAGUUGAUGACAGAGCUCUAGCUCUCCUUUGCGGAGAUCUAUUGGAAGUUAGGAUCGAUCGUCGGCUGCGUUUCCGAAUGGAGCCAAAGGCGGCUCUUGCUCUCAAGCUGAUGAGAGAGCGGUUUUCGGCCUCGCUCGCGUCACAAAUGCGCCAAAAACCACUCUCCGAUCGCCAAAAGAAGUGGUUCGAGCUGGGCCUCCGCUUCGUCAUGACCGGAGAGUUUGCUGAAGAGCAAAGAGUCGUCGUCGUGUAA